AAACAGUCAGAACAUGAAAAUGAAAAAUGUGCCAUGUCUAAUGAGGAAACAGUGUCUAAUCAUUCCAAAAGCAGCAAUACAGAAACUUCCUCUGUACCCCAGUCUCCUACCGAGGAAGACAACAAAGAUCAUUCGGCUGAUGUAACCAGUAAAUCCUCCAAAUCAUCUUCUUCUUGCUCCUCUCCUGAUAAAUCUGCCUCCGCGGCGUCAAAGUCCCCAAAUCUCCUCUUCAAAAUCCUCCCCAGAGUCAUGAACUAUCCCUCUGCAGCCUCUUCUCCUGACACAAAUGUCGAGGCAGACAAAGAAGUUGCAGAGAUUAUGGAAAAGGCCCAAAGUUCGAAGCUAUCUGUUGACGUACCUGAGUUUGUUCCAAAACAGGGUAACCUGAUGACACCGGGCGACUUUGUCCCCCCCAUGGUGCCGGCCGGUCACCCUGUACCCUACCCCUCCGAAUACGCAAUGCACUUUCCUCACCCAGCGUCCGACCCAUACUGGCACCCACGGUUUGGAAUGCCGGUCCAUCCCCCGUUCUUCCCCCAUCCCCCUCGCAUGCAUGUGUACGGUCCCCACAUCGCCAGGUUCCCUCCCCACAUCCCCAUGUACCCCGCACAUCCGGUGGUCUCCUCCCCCAUCCACCCGUCCAUGUUGAAAGGUGGAGCCGGCUCCCCGCUGGUCUUACCUGACGGUAAGAGCCCCCAGGUUCCAAACGAAAACCGCCUCUUCGGACCCCCUUUUGUCCUACAAGACACGCCAUACGUGUUAUCAGAUAGCCCGUUUCCCAAAGAGGGUAACACAUCAUCAAAGUCCAGCACCAAGGAAGAGAAAAAGGGAGCAGAGGUUGACCGUCGCAUUGGGUCACCGCUGAUCAUGUCAGAUGGAAAGCAGGAAAGUGACACGGCCUCGGAAGCAUCAACGGACGAAGUGAAAAAGGAGAAGAACAUUGUCACACCAGUCGGGAAGAAAGUCAAAACUGCUGGGCCGAAAAAGCUGUAUGUGCUGCGUGGGUGUCCGGGUAGUGGGAAAUCUACCCUGGCAAAGAAAUUGAAAGGGAACAAGGGUGUAAUCUUGAGUACAGAUGACUUCUUCAUGAAAAAGGACAAGUAUGAAUUUGAUCCCUGUCAACUCGGUGAGGCCCACGCUUGGAACAAAGAGAGAGCUGAACUAGCCAUGAAAGUUGGUAUGACACCAGUCAUCAUAGACAACACCAACACUGAACGCUGGGAGAUGAAACCCUAUGUCAUCCUGGGAGUGAAGUAUGGGUAUAUGAUAGAGAUUAAAGAGCCCAACACACCAUGGAAGUUCAAGAUUGGAGAGCUAUCCAGGAGGAACAGCCAUGGUGUUGCCAAGGAGACUAUCAAGAAGAUGCUGGACCGUUAUGAGAAGAACGUGACUGUGGAGAGCAUCAUGAAGGGGAUGUCUGAGCAGAAGAUCGAACAACAGCGGGCCAGCAAGGAGGCGGCCAAACAAGCAACAACUAGCAGUGUGAAGAAUAAGGAAGUUGUGCAGUCCAAGUCCAAGCAGCCCUCCACCUCAAAAGGUGGCAAAAGUGUCGUCACCAACAAGCCUUCCCAGGAUGCCGCUGGCAACAAGCCAGCCGAAAGCUCUUGGCCCUUCCCAGUCAUCCUCAAGGACAACAAAAAAGCAAACGCCAAGAAAAACAACAAGACCAAAGCCAAGAAGAAAGACGCAGAGGAAGAAUGGCUAAAGGUGACUCACGGAUCUAGACAAAAAUCUCCCUCCCCUGUCACAACACCAGAAAGAAGUGUAGAGAAGAAGCAGUCUGUUGUCAGCAGUAAAGAAACAUCCAAGGCAGACAACAAAAUCAUGUGCAAAAGCAAUCCUAAGUCAGAUGUUCCCAAAGAGAUGAAAGGAGAAAAAGUAAUCAAUGCAGCGCAAGAAGCAGCAAGUUUGUUAGGUCUGCUUCCUGACAGACCAGACCCUGUAACGGCAGACAGUACAGUAACUGUAAGCUCAGACUGGGAUGUUGGGUCUUCUCCCAAACCACAGAGGGAUACACAUACCAAGAAAGGCCUUGAUUCCAGUUCACAAAGUCUCGUUGAGCAGAAAACAUCAGAGUUGCCAAGAACUGCUGAUUCUGUGAAUGUUCCUGCUACCGGUGAUUCCCAAGACGUAUCCUCAGACCAGGCAGUACAUGACAGCUCGGAUGACUGGGGGGACAACAGUCGAUCAGCCAAGCCCAAACGCCAGACCAGGAAGAACCGCCUGGCUGCCGUGUUCAGCACGGAAGUGAAGGACAAGGCCCUGAAGGAGAACUGGAGUUUCCCGAACCACCCUGACGGCAAUGGGACAGACGCGGAGACAACGACCUUUGCUGAAGGUCAUCAACCAGACGAAGAUGACCUUGUCGAGGAAGUUAGCACAACAGAGGCAGCCACCAACACCAAUCCUCUGUACUUCUCCAUCAUACAAAGGGUGCAGUCUGGGACUCCGGUUGGGGUGGUGGACGAUAAUGUUAGGAUCCUCACCGGAAAGGUCAUGACCUCUGACGUACCAGCCUUGCCUGGCGAGAAACCUGACACCCAGGAGGAGACAAAAACAUCCGCCGCGCCCUCCAGUCCCAGGCGGCAGAGGCUGAAGCUGGAGAAAGGCUGCUCCACGGAUGACAUUCCAUCAGAGAGGACGCACACGGGCGACCUCGGCUUCCUGCAGAACUGCUUUCCCUCCGUCUCCGUCGAGGACCUGAGAGACUUCUACGAGAAGUGCAACCACGAGCUGGAGUGGACCAUCAACCUCCUGCUGGAUUCUGGGAUUGAGUAUAUCGAACCGACAAAGUCCGAACAUUCCACAGAAGACAACGGUCCCACCAAGGAUGUGACAGAAGAAGAGAAAACAACAGAUGCAGCUGCUGAUGUAGAUGAAACACAGGAAUCUGAGCCAACUCAUAAUCACUCAGAAGAGAUGAUGUCAGUCCAAGAGCCAACAACAGUGACCUCUUCCACCCAUGACACAAGUGUCAUGCAAAUCCCAACAUCAGUCAAUAUCUUUACUGGGUUAUUGACAGGUGAUGUGAAUGAUGAUGACAUGUACUCAUCCAAUCCAGGAUCAGCAAGAACCAAUGAGGAACCAGAGAAUUCCUCGAGUACCCCUGUGCAAGAAAAUGGCUUAGACAUCAGCUCUGCAGAGUCGUCAAAAGAAGAAGUCCAAACUAGUACCACCUCUGAUACAGAACGCAGUGGUUCCAAUGAGAAUGCUGACAGUUGCAAACAACAACCCAAGUGCCAGAUAGCAGUGCCUUCCACGUUUGAGAGUGAUGAAGAGUAUGAAUCUGCGGAUGAGGAGGUAGCAUCAGACAUUGACGCUGUUUUAUUACAAGCGAUGAAAGGAGGGCUAUCGCCCGGCUUUGUACGCCACCACAGUAGACAAAGCAGCCUGAGCAGUCUGACUAGCUCAGUCCUAAGCUCCACUGACCAAGAAACUCUUAGCUCUGUGGAGACUGACCAAGUGCCUGUGGAUAGAAUGGUUGCCUCAGCAAGUAGUCAGCAUAACAGUCCGAAGGAACCAAUUCCUGUGGUACAGACUCCUGUGGACAAUAACAUUGCAGAGAACAAAGUGGCAGCUUGUGUUGAAUCUGUAGAACGGCACACUGGACAAAGUGAAGACACAAUACAUCAAAAUACAGAGGAUUGGGUAGAAACUCCUAAAGUCUCAGAAGAAACAACUAACCUGAAAGAGACCACCAGACUGUCUGUGGGUAAGACAGUGGGACCCACCAUGUCUGAACUGGCCCUGAGGAUGGACCCGCAGUUUGCCAAGCAGCUGUUAGAAUUAUUUGGACCUGUUGGCUUCCACAUAACUCCAGGGUCAUUGUCAGAAGAAGAUCUGUAUGUUCAAGUUGACUACAAAACAGCCAGGAGAAUUCAUUACAAGUGGACGCAAACUCAGAAGGCCAAGUUUGACGAACAAGAAGAAGCUAUGGAAGCCAUGGAAGCUAGAAUCAAAGAGGAUGAGGCCUUAGCAAGAAAGCUCCAGGAAGAAGAAGACUUUGCAGUGGCGCUGCAGAUGAAGGAGAAGGAGGAGGAGUCAGCAAGACAUGCCAGGUCAUCCCAGUGCAGGAGUCCUGUCCGAUCUCUGGCCGCACUGUCAGCAGAGGUCGGACGGAGAACAGCACGGUCAACCGUCACGGCGCUGACCGACAUCAUGAACGAACAACUGGCUCUGGAAGUCAGCAAACAGGAACAGGCUCAGAGUGCAGGACCUCGGCAGGAUGAGACUCUUGCUACCAAACUGAAGAGAGAAAAACUGUUCAGCAUGUUCCCACGGAUGGACAGGGGGGUGCUGGAGGAGAUCUUCUCUGCGAACGGGUACCAGUUGGAUCCCACGGUGAACGCAGUUGUCGUGUCAGAUCACAUGACUGCGGCGCCAGCCCGUAACGUGAUGUCAGACGCGGCGCUGAAGCUGUACGAAGAUCAGCUGCUGGAACAGGCCAGGAUACAGAGUCAACAGGAGGCCGCCGCACAGGCCCAGGCCAGUUCCCUGCCUGCUAUAGUUGUGGUGGACCGGCAAGCAGAGGCCUUCCAGGAGACUGAGGAGCCAGACUAUGAGGACUUCAGGACGGAGGCUACCAUACACUACAAACAGAGGCAGGAGUGCUUCCAGAAGGCUGCGACAGCCUAUCAGAAGGGACAGAAGGAACUGGCUUUCUACUAUGCUCAGCAGGGACAUUUGCAUACAGACAAACUGAGGGAAGCAAACAGAAGAGCGUCAGAGAAAAUUCUGGAGCUCAAGAAUGCUGGCCUGGACCAGCUGAACUGUCUGGACCUACAUGGACUGCACGUCAAUGAGGCCAUCGAUGCUCUGAAAAGUGUCUUACAAGAAAAGGAGAGAGAGCUCCACCACGCGAGCCCCAGUCGACACCCUGUGGCCAACUACAUCUGUGUCAUCACCGGGCGGGGCAACAACAGCCGUGGGGGCGUCGCUAGGAUCAAACCUGCCGUACUCAACUAUCUACGCACAAAUGACUACAGGUUCACUGAGCCACAGGUUGGACUGGUGAAGAUCACCCUGAAAUAAUCAGCAAUGUUCAGAUUUCGACACACUUCACGCUCUGCUUGCCCACACUGAUGUUUCAUCAUCCGGAAUUUCGUUGUCAGCCACAUCUUGCAUGUGUUUUGAUGAUAUGCUAUUUUCAUGCCAUGUGAUUAUCAUGAAAUGGAUUAUUCAGUUUGCAAUGGGACCAGGAUUGAAGGGUUGGAACAUAUUAUAAAGAAGGGGAAAUUGUAGGGAGACUUUUAAGGAAUAUUUUCUUGCAUGUGGUAUAUGGAAUAUUUCUAUGGAUUAUUCUUACAGGCAAUAACUGUUAUGUCAACAUAAUUUUGUACUUAGUUGUAGAACAGUAACUGGUAUAGUCACUCAGUUUUAUUUUAUAACAUGGGGAGUCACAAUGGUCAUGAACUGUUUGGGUAGCCAUAUUGCAUGAUCCGUGAAUUUUAGGUUGGUGAAUGAUUGAAUAGCAGUGCUCUUGUUAAACAAGUGAUUAUGAAUAAAGAACUUUGCUAUUCAUAUUGCAUGUUGUUGGACAAGGCAAUUUUAACCUUGUCCAUAAUAGUACUAUGUGUACUAUCAUCAAAGCAUCAAAGCUGUAUUAGUUCCAGUAGAAGGUAUGAGGACAAGGGUUAAAUGGAAUAUGGAGGAGGGUUAUUUUGUAUGCAUGUGUCUUUGACCCUGACAAGCCAUCAGAGAUCACAUACAUUAUAACUAAAGAUGUUUGCCAUGCAUGUGUUUUGAAAUAAGCCCACCUUUACUGAAGCUUGCCAAUAUGUUAUGGACAUUUUUCCGUCGUAGAGGGAAGUAUAAAGUUGUAGUACAGGUUUUGGACAUGUCUGUGUAUAUUUUGGGAAAUUUAUAUAUUUUGGGACAAUCCUGUUGCAAAGUGGAGUACAAUUAUGGUUAGAAUUUUAAAAUUUCAUUAUUACUGUGGUUAUGUGGGAUAAUGAGAAGGCCAUGUGUUGUGAAUAACUUGUUUAACAGACCUGCUAACUUCUUUUUUGUGAAACACUGGCGGAAAAGUUCAUUUUGAAUGUAAACAUUUUUUUUACACAUGCUCAUCAUUCUUAUGUGGUCCAUUAAACAAGUUAUUUAGAUUACUUGGCCGAAAUGGAUCCAUGUCUUUAUAUAUGUCAAGGUGCAAUACUGUGGGUGUUGGGUAUUUUCAUAGUGUUGUUUAUGUAUUUGUUAGAAAAACUGGUAAAUGAAUUGUGUGUUAUCAUUUUACAAAUUAAGAAUAAUUGUUAUUCACAUAUCAAGGUAAAAUGGUGGAAGGGAAGGGAUGAAUCAUGAAGGAUUGAUAAGUGGGAGAUUAUUUUUUCUUUCUUUUAUGAUGUGAAGAUUAAUGAUAAUCUGAUGAUGAUUAUUUUUUUUCCUCACUGUAUGUACAAUAUAUCUAUGUAUAAUCAAACUAUUGGAUACUACUGUUUAUGUAAAAAGAUGUCUUUUUUUUUUAAAUACAAGGUUGACAUGUGCUGAUACCACCCCUAAUCCUCCAUGGUUCAUUCCAAAGCACAAAUUUAUACCUGGAAGGCAUAAGGGAAAAGUUGUUGAAAGGUUUGGGGAUAUUUAUGUACACAGAAAUUAUAUAUAUGGAAUUUUAUCAGGCACGACAAGUGCUUUUCAUAGUUUGACUGUUGUGCAUGGGUUCAGGUGCUUGUUGAAUCAGCGUUAUGUGUUAUUCAGAAGUUAGAAAGAUCUGAACUUGUCAACCUAGUAUUUGCAUAGGAAAGUCAGCAAUAGGAUGGGGUUGGGUGAAACUCCGCUAGACAGUUAUCAACUUGAGAUGUGAAGUUCCAGCUAACUUCUUUUGAGUUGUUCUCUGAUUUCACAAUUUAAGAAAAUUGUCGGCAGUAGAGCGAAUUUUAUCACUAUAUGAUGAACUUACAGUUUGAUGGGAACAGUUGAGAAAUCGCAGUUUCAGCCAUGACUGCAGUACCUAUUGGCUCUGCUAGAGGGCAGUGAUUAGAGUUGGUUUGGACUGGGCCUAAAACUAUAUUAUAUAUUCAGCCACACUUCCUAUGCUUAGACAAGUGUCAUCGUGUCGGGUACAUUGUUAUGUGUUGACUAGCUGCCUUAGAUGACAUACAAGUAUUUUUCUAAAACAGGAAAGCAUGCAACCUGCAUGCAGAGGUUGAUCUUUGUGGGUCGGAGGUUUUAUACACUGCACUUUUGUACCGGACCAUUUCAGGAAUAAAAUUUUUCUACAUUGG